AUGUAUCCACUACCUAGGGAAGCUUUGAUAGAGCGGCCAUUGAGGGGUGGUGAAGCAAGAUCAUCUGCUCGGUGUGAAAUAGUGCUGAAAAGCCCGCAUCUUGAUAUUGGUCAAACCUCGCAGCAGCUCGUUGAGAGUUACAUGCUUGAAGCAGCUGGGCUGUCGAGGGUCGGACGUGUGGGGGUUUGUAUGAACCAGUGCGGCUGUCAGAUUCCGAUUAUGAGCGGUUUGCAAGGCCCUAUUGGCGUGAUAGGCUCCAAGACCGCCAGCCAGCCUAGGAGGCAGGCUGGUGUUGGUACUCCUGGAUCGUCGCGACUCUCGCCCGUCGAUGCCCAGCAGCCAUAA